AGCGCGCGCAGGCGCGACCAGGGCGCAGCUCCAAGUCCAGAGCUGGAGAGUCCGAACAGCUGCCGCGGCCAGAGAGACCAGUGGUCGGGAGGAGCUUGAAUAUCCUCAUUUCCAUUCCUACUCCUGAGAAAGUUUUGAGUCAUCAUGGAUAAUCUGACGUCUGAAGAAAUUCAGCUGAAGGCUCACCAGGUUACUGAUGAGUCUCUGGAAAGUACAAGAAGAAUCCUGGGUCUAGCCAUUGAGUCUCAGGAUGCAGGAAUCAAGACCAUCACAAUGCUGGAUGAACAAGGAGAGCAAUUAAACCGCAUAGAAGAAGGCAUGGACCAAAUAAAUAAAGACAUGAGGGAGGCAGAGAAGACUUUAACAGAACUCAACAAAUGCUGUGGCCUUUGUGUCUGCCCAUGUAAUAGGACAAAGAACUUUGAGUCUAGUAAGGCCUACAAGAGCACAUGGGGAGAGAGCGGAGAGAGGUCACCUGAUGGUGUGGUGUCGAAGCAGCCAGGCCGGGUGACCAACGGUCAGCCUCAGCAGCCAAGCACUGGGGCUGCCAGCGGGGGAUACAUUAAACGUAUCACUAAUGAUGCCAGAGAAGAUGAAAUGGAGGAGAACCUGACUCAAGUGGGAAGUAUCCUGGGAAAUCUAAAGAACAUGGAGAUGUUAAACAUAUCUAAGAAAACAGACCCUUGCUUUGUGAACUUCUCUAGACUGCAGAAGAUCACAAAUCUUCAAGCUGAAAUCUACCAGAAAAACUUGGAAAUUGAGCUGUUAGAAUUAGAAAAAGAUACAGCAGAUAUUGUCCAUCCUUCGUUUUUGGCUGAGAAGUGUCACUCUCUGCAAAGCAUGAAUAAUCAUUUGGAAGCAGUACUAAAAGAGAAGAGAUCUCUAAGGCAAAGACUGUUGAAACCCAUGUGCCAGGAAAACUUACCUAUUGAAGCUGUUUACCACAGGUCCAUGGUACAUUUGAUGGAGUUAGCUGUGACUUUCAUUGAGAAACUAGAAACCCAUAUUGAAACAAUUAGAAAUAUCCCUCGUGUAGAUGCAAAUCUAAAGAAAAUGAGCCAGGCUUUAGCGAAGAUGGAUAUUUUGGUGACUGAGACAGAACAACUGGCAGAGAAUAUCCUCAAAUGGCGAGAACAACAAAGGGAAAUUUCUUUGAGUAUUCCCAGAAUAUUAGCUGAAGAAAAUCAUCUUUAGAAACAUGACCUCAUGAUGCCUUCUUCACUUUUAAUUUCUAAUGUCCAUGGCCAAACUACUAAUGCCAAGUGAUCUUCAGCUUUACUUUUGCCUAGUUCCAUGAAGUCACAUGAAGCUGAAUUUAUAGGCUUUGCUGCUGACAAGAUGGGAGGAGUCCUUUUUAUCUUGAAGUACCAAGAUUUCAGGUUCAUGAGAACCAAAUCAACUUUUCCUUUGUUUUUCAUAAUUUCCAUCCUGUGCUUCUGUAAAGCUACUGCAAAAUCAAAUGUUGCCUGAUGAUUUAAUGACCACAAGUGAAUUAACCAUCUCUCAGAGGCUAGGUUUUCUGUUACAUCUUUUUAGAAAAAUGAAUGUAUCUGAGUUGGAAGUUUUCUUUGAGUCUGAAAAUGUUUACGAUGAUUAUUCCUUACAGGGUGGUCGCCUAAUGUGCAGAAUAAACAGCAGUAGGCAUAGUCCCUUUGUUGGGGGAAUGAAGCAUGUCCGCUGUGAUUCCCCUGUUGGAGGACCUUCGUUUUUCCCAACUUCAUCCCAAGUACCUUUUCUGUUUGCUGUUUUGUUUCUUGUGUGAAUCCUAGUAGCAAGCCAUUCAGUGGCAGCCUUAGGAAUGUGCAAAAAAAGGUUUGAAACAAAUGAAGGAAAAGGCACAUUGUGGUAAAGGUUUAAAGGUUUGCAUUGAGCAAUGCUGACUAUUUUCAGAUGUUUGUGCACACCAUGUAGUAGCAUAUCAACUUAGACUGCAGCCUGUGAAGCCGGCAUCCAUAUGGGCCUGGAUCUGCUUCCUAUCCAGCUCACUCUCACUGCUGAUGUACCUGGUAGGACAGUAGAAGAUGGCCCAUGUGCUUGGGCUCCUGCUACUAGUGUGGAAGACCUGGUCCAUCCAUGGCUGUUGCAGCUUUGUGGAGAGUGAUUGGGUAUAUGGAAUAUCUGUUUUCCCCUCCCCUCUUUGUAACUAAAUGUACCUUUCAAAUAAAUAAUAAUAAUAAUAAA